AUGAUCAAACUAGGACGCAAUAAGUCUGCGCCAAACCCUGGAUCUCGGAUGUCGAAGCUUCUCCCUGGACCGACAAGUCUCCAACCUGCUGAGAAACCACUUUCACAUGCACAGGACCUUCCACCAGAGAUCCUCGAGCUCAUCUUUGGCUACUUGGAAGUCCCAGAAAGCCGUUUUAGGCGCAUUCAACAGAUGAUGGGAGACAGAAUGAUCUUUUUCUCACUCGUAUUCAUCUGUAGACAAUGGCAUGGACCGGCUAUUGUAAGGCUGUACGCAUCGAUACACCUAAAUACGAACGAGCAAGCGAUCAGAUUAUAUGAAACUCUUCGACAGAGAUCUCAUCUGCGCCCGCUUAUUCGUGCGCUGCACCUGCCGUACCCUCAAAAAGGGCCGGCAACCCCACACAUUUUCGCGCUCUAUUGCCGCAUCCUUGCCCUAGUCAGUGACCUUGAGGACCUCAGCGUACCAAUCAAGCUGUUCACUCCUCGGAACCAUGCGAAUCGGUCGGACCGGAACGGCACCAUUGUUACGCUUCCCAUUACUCCGAAUCGCCACCAAACCAUCGAGGCCUUGACAGUAUAUGGAGGUGUUUAUCUUGGUUCUAUACCAUUUCCUCGCUCCUUUACAAUCUUCACCAACUUACGCUAUCUGAAUCUCGAGGGAUUCGCGCUCAAUCGUCAUGUAGACCCGAGAAUCACACCGCCGCUGCCGCAUCUAGAGAAGAUUGUAUUGACGCGCUUCAAUGGAUUGGAGCAUCUGGACGACUGGUUGCUUGCAUCCCCUAAAUUGACGACCAUUGGCUUAUGGUAUACCCAACCAACAGCUACACUUCCCAAAGUCCUCUGUGUAGGACGCAUCGAGUGUCUAGAAAUGCUCAUUGAACUUGGAAUCAAUCCUCUCCCCGCCACCAUUCCAUGCGUCUCAUGGAUCUUUGGCUGUAUCUUUUGCGCCACUUACGGAUAUCCAGCAAUCUCUUCAGAGCUAUUAUAA